ACACUCUCGGGGCGUCUGGAAGGGCGUAGAGAUUUCGCCGGUCAUUCAUAUCCGCACGGACCAUUACUACCGCUUUUAACGCCAGUCAGGGAACUUCAUAGGCUUCAAGAAGAUGAUCAGGAACGGAAGCCAUGCGGUGGAGCAGGAGGACCGCGCACAGCCGAGCUCCUCGACCCACAGCCCCGAGAAGAGGAAGCGGGUGAUCCGGGUGUGGUGUGACGGCUGCUAUGACAUGGUGCAUUACGGCCACUCAAACCAGUUACGCCAGGCCAAGGCGAUGGGAGAUUAUCUGGUCGUAGGAGUUCACACAGACGAGGAAAUAGCCAAGCACAAGGGUCCUCCAGUCUUCACACAGGCAGAGCGUUAUAAAAUGAUACGGGCCAUCAAGUGGGUGGAUGAGAUCGUGGAAGGGGCUCCGUAUGUUACUACGCUGGAGACGCUGGACAAGUACAACUGCGAUUUCUGCGUGCACGGAGAUGACAUCACAUUGACUGUGGAUGGUAAGGAUACAUACGAUGAGGUGAAGAGAACAGGGAGAUACCGGGAGUGCAAACGCACACAAGGAGUGUCUACGACAGACCUAGUGGGUCGAAUGCUCCUGUUAACAAAAGCGCACCACAGUAACAUUGACAAUGCAGCUUAUCAAGUGCACACGGAUAAUUUUGGGAAGGGUCCUAAAGGACACAGCCCAUGGACCGGCGUCUCUCAGUUCCUGCAGACGUCUCAAAAGAUCAUCCAGUUCGCCUCUGGAAAAGAGCCGCAGCCAGGAGACACCAUCAUAUAUGUGGCGGGAGCGUUCGACCUCUUCCACAUCGGUCAUGUGGAUUUCCUUGAGACGGUUCACAGACAAGCAGAGAAACCUUACGUCAUCGUCGGACUGCACUUUGACCAGGAAGUGAACCGCUACAAAGGGAAAAACUACCCCAUCAUGAAUAUUCACGAGCGAACCUUGAGUGUGCUCGCUUGCAGAUACGUGUCUGAGGUUGUCAUCGGGGCUCCGUACGCUGUCGAAAAAGAUCUUCUGGAUCACUUUAAGGUGGAUCUGGUGUGUCAUGGGAAAACCAAUGUAUUUCCUGACGCAGAUGGAACCGACCCUUAUGCUGAGCCAAAGAAAAGAGGUAUUUUCCGCAUCCUGGACAGCAGCAACAAUCUGACCACUGACGACAUUGUUCAGAGAAUCAUUGAGAACAGGCUGCAGUUUGAAGCCAGGAAUCAGAAGAAGGAAGCGAAAGAAAUGGCUGUUCUCCAGGCUUUGAAGCGUAAAGAUGAAUCUGUGAAAAGUGAAGCAGCUCUUGCGAAGAAUUAACCAAACCAAGCUAAUCGGUAUUGUCGUAGAACAGAAUCACCCCUGGACUCAUUCAAUUACAUUCAGUAAUGAACAGUAAGGUAUUUU